AUGUUGUCACUUAAACAAUUGCUGUACUGUUCAUUAGCGGGUGGAAUACGUUUAAUUUUAAUGAACUCACAAUUACAAAAAAUAAUUAGUGACCGUGUUGAAAUAUCAACUGCGUUAAAUUCAUGGAAAAGAGUUACCGAAGGGGUGCAUUUACAUAAUUUUGGAAUUGAUCCUUACAGCGGUGAUUUAUUCCACGAAACACCCAUCGGACUUGUGUUUUUUACCUGGAUCCUCAGAUAUUUGUCGUUCUGGUCACUCAGGAUACUUUUUAUCGUUGCUGAUUUAUUAACGAGCUGGUUUUUGUUUCAAACAGCACGACAUUAUGUUAAAGAAGUGGAAAAAAGAGAAAAAGAAGAAGCCAAAAAAAUAAAGAAACCAGCUGAAGAGUUAUACACACCAUUAUCUAAGAACUCAACUGAAGAGUUAUCAUACACACCAAUAUCUAAAACAGCGACAUCAUCAGUAUUUUACGUUCCAGCAGCUUACCUCUUCAACCCUUACAUUGUCUUGAAUUGUGUCGCGUUGACAACAACAGUAUUUACAAACCUGCUUACAUCUCUUGCUCUCUGUUUCAUGAUAAAGAAACACAAAUUUGCAACCUGUUUGAUAAUAUCUCUGUUAACAUUACAAAAUUUGUAUCCUGCAUCGUUGAUUGUUGCUGCUACAAUAUUUGUCGCCAAAGAUGCUAAAACAAACCGCGAGACUGUGAAAGUUAUUUUAACUAUGGUGACACUAUUUUUAACGAUAUUGUCUUUGUUUAUUUAUCUGUCUUAUCACAUAAUGGGCAAUUGGAAUUUCAUCAAAAACACAAUGGGCUUCAUACUAAUAGUGCCCGAUUUAAGACCAAACAUUGGACUGUAUUGGUAUUUCUUCACUGAAAUGUUUGAACAUUUUCGUGGCUUGUUCAUCGCAUCAUUUCAAAUAAAUGUCGGUCUGUUGUACGUCGUACCAUUGGCAUUGAGAUUACGCAAUGAUCCAAUGUUGUUGUCAUUUGCUUAUUUGGCAAUAAUAGCUAUCUUCAAAUCGUAUCCCAGCCUCGGAGAUGUUGGAUUUUACAUAGCAUUGUUACCAAUGUGGCAGCAUUUGUUCCGACAUACGCAGCAAGGAUUCAUAGUUGGUUGCUUCAUGCUUUUUUGUACAGUAUUCGCGCCAACUGUAUGGCACCAAUGGAUCUACUCAUGUUCGGCAAAUGCAAACUUUUAUUUUGGUGUAACAUUGGCAUUUGCUAUCGCACAAAUAUUUUUAUUGACUGAUGUGUUAUUUGCUAGUGUUAAACGUGAGCUUGCAUUGAAAAGUGGUAUUCAAAAUGAAAUUAAUGGAAAUAAUGCUAAACUUGUAUUAGAAUAA